AGGACCUGGGAAUCAGCAUUUAGAUCAGGGGUCUCCAAACCUGGCAACUUUAAUAAGAUUUGUGGACUUCCAACUCCCAGAAUUCCCCAGCCAGCCAUGUUGAAGUUUGGAGACUCCUGAGGCAGAUCGCUGAAACGACCAAUUUAGGUUUUCCACGGGCAGUUCAGAUGUUUCCCAGAUGAAGCACAAGCCACUCCUUUACAGAGGAAAUGUGUUCCUCCUUUAAGAAAUCCUUCAUUCCUGAAGCCACCGGUGGAUUUAGGUGGACACAUUUGUGGAUUGACCAGAGAAUCCUUCUCUGGUUUGAAGAUCCCUGGUCACCCCCUCCUUAUUAAGGAGGUCCAGAGACCCCUUCUUCUCCUUCUCCCUCCCGCUCCCCCUGCCAGGAGUGUUCUCUGACCUCCCCUCUUGGACCCCUCCCUCUUGAAGAGGCUACAGGCGGACUUUCUAUCCUCUCUCCCCAGGGCUGCUGCCCAGUUGCUUUGUUGGCCUGGGGGGACGUUGUGGUGCUCUGCGGACAGAACUGACCCGGAGCCCGUGAUGGUGGGAACCAUCCCCCGACAGCCGCGCCGCUUCUGGGGAGUGCCAGGCUGGCAGGUGUCCCCAAUCAGCUUCACUAGUCACCAUCGGCUGCUGCAGCAGGAGAACACGCCGGUCAGGGGACGGGACCCCGCACAGUGGGAUGUGGCUGUGCAGCCCGCUUCCUAGCAGGGGACUCGGCCGGACGCCCUGACCACACGGCACUUUAGAGCCGGUCCUCCCGCUCAGCCCCAUGAGGCACCUCACAGCUGAGCCUGGACCACCCCGCCAGCCAAGCACAGGCCUGAGCCAGGAGCAGGAGCAGCAGCAGCAGCAAGAGGAGGAGGAAGAGGAAGAGGAGGAGGAGCAGCAGCAGCAACAGCCCUGGAAGCAUCAUGGCCUCCAGAUGGGCUGCAGUCCGCCAGAGCUGGGAAGCCAGAAGGUCUACCAGGUCUCCAUCUUUUCUCCCCGGGGCAGCGGCCCUGCCCUACCGCAGCAGAGGGGCCCCCGACGGCAGCCGGUCAAGCGGGGCUGCCUGGAGCCCCGGUGGGUGGCCGAGAGCGCCGAGAGGGAUGCCAAGAGGGCCCACUGGGGCACGGAGGAGGAGGAGGAGGAGGAGGCCAUUGAGGACGGGCUCCUGGUGGAUGAGCUGGCCCUGGGGGGCGCCGCCCAGCACUUCUCCCACAGCGGCCUGCGAGUGGUAGAGCACCGACAGGAGGCCAGUCCCGGCCAGCACGGAAGCUGGGGGCUGCCGGCGCCUGGCAGGCUUUGCACCACUUUGCACAUGAGAGACUCGGUCCCCGUCGUGUGGGGGGAGCAGCCCGCCACGGACUCCAGGCCAGAAGAGAACGGGGGCCCCCGUUUCCCACACAGUCACGAUUUGCACAGUCCUGCACCCCCAUCCUCCCCGCCAGGACAGCCAUCCCUGGAGGCCCAGGCACCCAAUACUCCACCGGAGGCCCCCAGCUUGGGCACCAACGGGCUCUGCUCGGCCGAGAAGACGCCCUGCUCCAGCGGCCAGCUCUCGGCAGGUGGCCCUACCAGCUGCCCGGCCAAGAGGAAGCUGCUGCCCUCAGUUGAAGGAAGGGCGGCCGACGGCGUGGAGGAAGAGAGCCUCCUACCAGCACGCAAAAGGAGGGCCCUGUGUUCUCCCACAGUGCCAGCCUCCUGCCGCAGCACCGAUGCCAAGGGCGCCCCUUUCUGGAACCACCUGCUUCCAGCAGCCAAGGGCUCAGCAAGCAGCAGGACCGGCGCUUCUCAGUUGAAAACGGGGCUGCACCUCAAACCCAGGAGGAGGCAACUGCGCAGCAGCCCGGGAAGGGCUCUCGUGGGCCGGCGGCCCCCCACCACCUCUAUCAGCCACGCCCUUCUGGGGAAUUUUGAGGAGUCGAUGCUGAAGGGGCGUUUCCCACCCUCCGGCCGGAUCGAAGGCUUCACCGCAGAGAUCGGGGCCAGCGGAUCCUAUUGCCCGCAGCACGCCACCCUGCCAGUGGAGGUCACCUACUUCGACAUAGCCGAGCACAACGCCCCCUCCCCAUUUCUAGGAGUCAUUGAUUUGGAAGCCUUGGGAAAGAAGGGCUACAGCAUCCCCAGGACGGGCACCAUCCAAGUGACCUUAUUCAACCCCAAUAAGACGGUGGUCAAGAUGUUCCUGGUGACCUACGACUUCCAUGACAUGCCUGCCAACCACGUCACCUUCUUGCGCCAUCGCAUCUUCCUGGUGCCGGUGGGCAAGGGGGAGGCCUCCGCUUCGGAUCUUGCAGAGCAGCCCAAGCGGGUCCUCUGCUACCUGAUGCACCUGAGGUUCCACAGUUCCAAGUCGGGGAAGAUCUACCUGCACGAUAACAUCCGGCUACUCUUCUCGCGCAAGUCUAUCGAGAUGGACUCUGGGAUCCCUUACGAGCUGAAGUCUUUCACGGAACUGCCCCGCAACCCCUGCUAUUCCCCCCGGGCUUGAAGGAGGGAGUCGGGAAGCAGCACUUUGCCCAAGCAGAGAUGGGGCGAGGGGGGGGCGGUUGGAGACGCUUCCGUGCAACUGGAGCAGGGAGAGCCAGGCCUUUCCCAGAGCUGUGUUUCAGUCAUUGGAUCCAGCCCAGCCAGGAUCACAAAUGCAGCAUAUCUCAACCUCUUGUUUUGGUGGCUGGUACAAUUCUGUGCAGGAGGCUGGGCAGAAAGGGAAGAAGAAGGGGGGCAGGUUGCCACAGGGAAUGGGCUCCUGCUGGCUUUGGUAGGCGGGCAGGGUGCCUAGGUGUCUGGGCCACGCAAAAGCAUGUGCAGAACUGGGAGGUGGUCUUUGUCUCCAGGGACUUCAUGGGGGAGGUGCUGUUUUUAGGAAUCGAGUUAGAUCACCACGCAGGAGAGGCAUUGGAGCCCCAUCCAAGCUAGCUUGGAGAAGGGAGUUGAAGACAGCCGUGCAAGGGCUGCUCCCCUUUCCCAGGAAGCCAUGAAAGCUGUAACACUCCAAGGAGAGGGGGUGUCUUUCCUCCUGACUGCUGCUUCAGGCGCCCUCCUCUUCCCCUGGACCAGCUGUACACCGCUAGGUCCUUGGGUCACCUACAGAGGCUCAUGCUGGCCUCUCAGCCCCCAGUUCUGGUCCACACAUGGUGCGUGUGUGACCCAAAGAGAAUUCAGACAGAGAUAAACUCUGGAGGUAUGAAGUAAGGUUUGUGAAUCAGUGUAAGUUUUUGCUUUGUGAACUGAACUAUCACCACCCGUGUGGUGCUUCUGCCGAGGGCACCAACCAAGCUGGAGAUAGUAAGGCAGGAGUUGUUUUGAGGGGUCCAUGGAUAGCUUUGAAUCUGUCCUAGUUGGAGCUGCACCAGUUUAGAAGAAAGGAAGCCUUGCUGUGAAGCCCAGGCCUCUUUUGAGGGACAGUUCUGCUCCCUGUUGCCCCAAGCAUUAUGUUCUCCUGGUAUUUUGGUUUGGGUUGCAUCUCCUACAUUGUUCUCUCAACAGGGAGCAGGUGUGAUGAAAGGGGCUACAAUUACAGAGACUUGAAAAUAUUUAUAUUUAAAAGGAAAGAAAGAGAGACAGGCAGAAAUGUAUGGCAUACUUUCUCGCUUCUCUUUCCUUUUUUUUUUUUUUGAAACAGAAAAAGAUCUAUAAAUGUGUGUUUGGAAAAAAA